ACACCCGGCGUAGUUGUUAACCGUUGCUUGGACACUAAGGUCGUCCUGCGAAAUUUCAGCUCCUUCCCCUCCGAGAGAGAGAGAGAGAAAAAAAAACCGAACGCAUUUUAACCAAUUCAACAUCGGUAUCCCAAAUAGAUUCUAAGAUCACCAUGGACGUGUCUAAAACGCCAGAAGUACCCACUCUGGAUGACCUGAUUCGCGAACUCCACCAGGUAUUCGACAGCGAUGAAGUCAAUGUCGAAUAUGUGCAGAACCUCCUUGCUGCGUACAAGUCUAAUCCGAUCGAAUGGAAAAAAUUCGCCAAGUUCGAUCGAUACAAGUACACAAGGAACCUAGUCGACGAGGGCAAUGGCAAAUUCAACCUCAUGCUGCUGUGCUGGGGACCCUCGCAUACCUCGACCAUCCACGACCACGCUGAUGCCCAUUGCUUCAUGAAGAUGCUGGAAGGUUCACUCCAGGAGGUGAGGUUCGAAUGGCCGAAGGAAGAAGGAACAGAGGAGAAUGAAGAAGGAAUGGUUGAAAUCGAGAGAAAUAUGCUGAAACUCAACGGCGUGUGCUACAUUAAUGAUUCCCUAGGCUUGCACCGUGUAGAGAACGCCUCCCACAGUGAAGGUGCCGUCUCCCUCCACCUCUACUGCCCCCCCUUCAGCGCCUGCCAAAUAUUCGAUGAGAGGACAGGGAAGAAAAUGAAGUGCCCAGUUACCUUCUGGAGCAAGUUUGGGAAGAAAGUCGAACACGGCUCUCCAAAAUCAACAUGUUGAAGAGAAGACCAAAAACUUACUUAAAGCUCACGAAAGGAACAUCCUGUAUCUCUAGUUCAUGUGGCUUAACGCGGAACAUACCAGUGUCUAUUCUGCAUAACUGUACGGUAACUUCUAUAUAGACUGUCACAACUGAAAAUGUAUAUUAUCUGAAUGUCAGUAAGUUGCAGGCAUUUUUUUGUUUUCCUUUUUUAAGCGUGGCCUGUUUUUUUUAUCUUUUUUUCCCACACUGAUGAAGAGAUUAAAGCUUCGUGAUAGAGCAUUAAUAUUUAAUUUUGUACUUUUCUCUGAAUCAGAGUAUACCGUAUUGUUUCCCAUUAUUUGCACAAUAUCAAAGUUUGUUUUAAAUCUCGAGAUAAAGAACUGAAGUGUAGUUAGGUCUGGAAAAAGACAUUUAUUUUUCAUAUUUUCUCUUGCUGGUAUUAUAAACACCGAUUCAUAGUUUUGUAUACACUUAACACAUCGUAUUUUCAUUCGUUAUAAGGAAUUGUAAGCUAAAAUAUUAAUUAAGUCACUAAUAAAGUGAAUUACACUUAAUGUAAAAAAAAAUGUGGCAUGCAACUCAUAUGUAUAUCACAAGUACGUUUUUUUUUAUUUAAAGUAUAGAAAACCUGUUAAUUAACUUUAUCCCGGAAGUGUAUAUAGAUGUAUGUAACUGUAUGUCUUUAGUUUAUCAUUUAUAUAAUAUUUUUCUAUAUUUUUUCUUGGUUAUCACUCUGUUGUAUCUGCCUUAGAUGUUUGUAAAUGCUUAUCAAAAAAAAAGAAAGAAAAUUGGCCCAGACUUCAUAUACAUAUGUUGAGUAUUUAAGUCAUAUAUUUUUUUUCAUUAAUGAAGUGAGUAAAUUGAUCAUAUCUACCCUCACGUUGAUUUUUUUAGGUGAAGUGCCAAUACAAAAAAUAAUAUACAGUCACACACACACACACACACACACACACACACACACACACACACACACACACACACACACACACACACACACACACACACCUCUUGAAAUAGCACAUUCCACCUUUACCAUUAUCACUAAAAUUAGUAUGUUUUUUUAUGCUGAUUAUGUGGCAUCAUAGUUAAACAAAAAAAGUAUGUCAUAUUGAUUUUGUAAUGACCUUUGAAUUCUGUGCAUGUCUGUUUUCCUUGAUGAAAUCUGUAGGAAAACGUAUGGCAGAUAAAACAAAAAAGAAAAAAAAAUGUUUAAAAGUUUGAUUUCUAAGAUCUAAAUUUUUUAUUUAAUUUUGGUACAUUUUCGAAGUGGCUCAUACGAGUGUGAUACUGUGACCGCUUGUGAUUAAAGUGAUUUAAUGUUUAGAGAAUGUAUAGGAAAUUUAUUUUUACCCUCAGAGUGAAGGAAAUAUGUAAAACCACAACUCAUACAAAGCUCUGAUGAUGAAACUCGAAGUAAAAAAAAAAAUCUCAAAAUUCUUUAAUAAAACUACAGACUUUGUAUACGUUAUGGAUUUAUGUGUAUUUAUAGAGACAAAAUGGUUAGUUACUUAGUUGCUUUCCUUCUAAUGUGUUAUCACAAAUAUCAAAUCAUAUAGUACAAAAGUACAUUAACUAAUUGUAAAGAUAAUUAGUUAAAAUCGUCUGACGUUAGAAUACUUUUCUCCCCAAAAAUCUGAAAGAAUUAUCGAUGGCAUUCUUGCUUUUUAUAAUCAUUUUGAAAUGAUUGCAUUGAUCUUUAUAAAUUCCUUGCUGAUUAUCCAUUAUCCUCUCUGUAUUAUAUAUUUGUAUUAUUGGUGCAGGGAAAUGAUAUUCUUAUAAUAAAGAAUCUUAUUAAAA